GCCAUUGAAAAACCUCGAAAAACAAAGCCGCGUCGGUCGGUGCCUUAUACGUCACCGUAUUCUUCUUCUUUCUCCCUCUGUUUCAUCGUCUUCUCUCACCUCUCCCCCGAGAAAAAUCAUCAAGCUUCUUGCAGAUUAAGAGCCAUGUCGUACGAUUACCUUUUCAAGUACAUAAUCAUCGGAGACACAGGUGUUGGGAAAUCGUGCCUGCUUCUGCAAUUCACUGAUAAGAGGUUCCAACCUGUCCACGAUCUCACCAUUGGUGUCGAGUUCGGUGCUCGCAUGGUCACCGUCGAUGGCCGACCCAUCAAGCUUCAGAUUUGGGACACCGCUGGACAAGAGUCUUUUAGAUCCAUCACGAGAUCAUACUACAGAGGGGCAGCUGGAGCGUUGCUGGUUUACGACAUCACCAGGAGAGAAACAUUUAAUCAUCUUGCGAGCUGGUUGGAGGAUGCACGUCAGCAUGCGAAUCCUAACAUGAGUAUUAUGCUGGUUGGGAACAAAUCCGAUCUCGCCCAUAAGAGGGCUGUAAGCAAAGAAGAAGGCGAACAAUUUGCCAAAGAACAUGGAAUGCUGUUCUUGGAAGCAUCUGCAAGAACAGCCCAAAACGUUGAGGAGGCCUUCAUAAAGACUGCUGCAAAGAUCCUCCAGAAUAUUCAAGAUGGUGUGUUUGAUGUAUCCAACGAGUCAUCGGGAAUCAAGGUUGGUUAUGGGCGUCCACAAGGUCAGGCCGGAGGAAGAGACGGAGCGGUCGCACAGAGAGGUGGCUGUUGCGGUUAAGACAUGACACCAUUGAUGAUAUAUAUCCUCGUGUGCAGAUUGCAUGUCUUUAUUUGUGCUCCAUCUCUCCUGUGCUUACUGAAAACACAAAAAACAGCACCGGAAUGUACAGUUUCAAGUUUGUUCUUACUAAAGAUUUUCGGUUUCAUGUGUUAGAGAACAAGAUUUCGAGUUUCAAAACUCGAAUUCUGGGAUACGUGUGAAAGAUUCCGAGUUUCUUGUCCAAAAUCUUGGCUUCAAAAUCAAUGUUUUGGACAUCA